AAACUAACUAACGAAGCUGCCAACUAACAACUGAGCCGAACGUGUAACCAACCAACGGCCAAUAAAAUGUUUUCCAUGUGCUCCAAAGUGAAGCCAAGAAGCUCAACGUCCUCCAUCCAGCUUCAGCAGCAGCAGCAACUACAACUACAACAUCAGCUGCAGCAGCAACACCAAAUGGGCGCUGGCGGCAAACAAAUUAAAGGAGGCUACCUACUGCGCUAUAAAAAGCAAUUACUCUGGAAUCGCUGGGCCGAGGAGUGGGUUGUGCUUUAUGAUGAUUCUACCAUGGCUUGGUUUACAGAGCCAGGUCGUUCCUCACCUGCGGGCAAGAUUUUGGUGAAGGAGGCCCCCGAAAUGCUGGCCAUAGCGCACUGGACUGGACAGAUACCGCGUCGCCCCCCACUGCCAGACGGCUGCAGUGUGUCCCAAUUAAUUGCGUUGGGGUCACGACGCAAACGCUCCAAGGUCUACUGGAUGCUGGCCAAGUCUGAGCAGGAGGUUAGCGACUGGAUCGACGCUAUUACCAAAACGCUGCCACCACCACCACAAAUAGAGCUUGUGGUGGACAAGCCGCAUCUAAUGAAUGUGCUACGACGUCCAUUGGUGCGCAUACGACCGGCCACUCAUUCCGAGGUGAAGCAGCGAAAAGCGGCGUCGCACGGGAGCAGCAAGCAUCAUACCUCAUCAUCGGUGCUGGCCACCCAACGUGCGCUCUACAAUCAAAAUCCGCUGGUGAAGAGCGACGCGGCGGUGGCCAUACUGAGCAAGAAGCCCGACUCGAAGGCAUCGCUGGCGUGCGCGCUGCCCUGGGGCCACGGCUGGGGCUGGGCCACGUUGCCUAACGGCGUCUGGAGUGGCGGCCUGACUUGGUCGCAAUGCGAGGACACCUUUACGCUGCACGCACUGCCUACAACACACUGCACCAACCUCAUCGACACCUCGUGCAGCGGUGCCGUUUAUCAUACGGACAUUGGCGGAUUUGAUUUUCAUUCGACGGGCGUAGAGGAUUUGGGCGGCGAGGAUUUCGACUACGCCAUGGACUGUGGAGAUUUCAUUUUCUAAAGGGCAUCGUGCAUCGCAUUGUAGACCCCCGACUUUGUCGAAUUCAAAGCUGCCCGCACCGGCAGCGGCAGUCUAACCCACCCGAAGUGUGCGAUCGUCC